ACAUGCACAAGAACUCAUGAACCUAAAUAGUUUUGGUGUUGAGCAGCAGAUUAUUCACCCCCUUUUCCGCUCCCCAAACAGGCAACAACAGUAUUUCACAAGACGAGAAAUUGAUUACUGCAGAUUCGAUAUCUACAGGAAAGUACCAAAAGAUCUCACCCAGCCCACAUACACGGGAGCUUUCAUUUCCAUUCUCUGCUGCGUCUUUAUUCUCUUCCUGUUCCUGUCUGAGCUGACGGGAUUCAUAGCCACUGAAAUUGUAAAUGAACUCUAUGUGGAUGAUCCUGAUAAAGACAGUGGUGGGAAGAUAGAAGUGAGUUUAAACAUCAGUUUGCCAAACUUACACUGUGAUUUGGUGGGUUUGGACAUCCAGGAUGAAAUGGGCCGCCACGAGGUUGGUCACAUAGACAACUCGAUGAAGAUUCCUCUCAACCAGGGUGAUGGCUGUCGCUUUGAGGGAGAGUUCACCAUCAACAAAGUACCAGGAAACUUCCAUGUGUCGACACACAGUGCUACAGCGCAGCCCCAAAGCCCUGACAUGACCCACAGCAUUCACAAGCUGGCAUUUGGAGAAAAGCUCAAGGUACAAAAUGUAAAAGGAGCCUUCAAUGCAUUAGGGGGAGCUGACAGGCUGUCAUCUAAUCCUCUGGCUUCACAUGACUACAUACUGAAAAUUGUUCCAACGGUGUAUGAAGACCUGUCAGGCAAACAGAGGUUCUCCUACCAGUACACGGUAGCCAACAAGGAAUACGUCGCUUACAGCCACACGGGCAGAAUCAUCCCGGCAAUCUGGUUCCGAUACGACCUCAGCCCAAUCACAGUCAAGUACACAGAGAAGAGGCAACCCUUCUACCGCUUCAUCACAACAAUCUGUGCCAUUGUUGGCGGGACGUUCACAGUGGCGGGAAUCAUCGACUCCUGUAUAUUCACCGCUUCAGAGGCCUGGAAGAAGAUCCAGAUAGGGAAAAUGUCAUGAGGACUGCUCCCCACCCCUCCUCGCAUCUUAUUUAUAAGUGCAGAGUUGCUAGCCUGUUAGCUAAAUCCAACCCUUGCUCAAACCAACUUCCUUUUGGAGAUUGUAUCACCGCGACCAGUGAAGUGGCUCCGGCACUCGAUCUAACUACCAGGCUACACGGCUGCGUCUCAGUUACUUAAAGUCCUCUCAGGCUCCGUCUGCUCUGGUGACGUGUGGACGCGGACUAUCACAUGUCCGCUUCCUCCGUCUUCAGUGUCAGGAGAGGAGAGGGGAGGAGGAUGGAAGCUCUUUUGUUACCGUGUGGAUGAAGUACUGUGUGUCAGGGUUCAACUAGUAUUGGUAUUUGAAGGCUGCACCUGAUUUAUUUAGAAUGAAGUAAAAAACAAAAAAAACAAAUAGCUCACAUUUGUGCUGAUAUUCAAUUUUUGGAAAUUUGGUGCUAGCAUCAAGUGACACGAAUCUCCACAUAUAUUCAAUCAUAGAAAAAUUUCAAUUUAUAGCUGGAUUUAAGUGCCAAAGGGAAUGAUCAUUUGAAGGAAUUGUUCUGGUUUAUAAGCCCGUGCUGCGUGGUGUAGACUGGACUGCACUCUAAAGUGUUUUGUUUAAUUCACACAUUCAGUAAUAUUACAUUUUGAAUCAUUUUUUCAGCCCAUCUAUUUUAUCUCCAGUAUUCAAACUGUGUGCCUUUAGGUUUACUGUUCCACCAUACAGAAUUACCAUCAGCUCUCAUUUGUUUGUCAGUUUCAGUGGCUGCCACUAAAACCAGUGUUUUCCCACCUUCUUCUCAUGCAUGUUACAACUUACAGUAUCUGUGUAGAUUCACUUUUUUAGAGAUUCUUUUCAAUACAGGGGUCAUUGUUCUCUUUUCAGUCCAUUUAUACUAAAUAAAAAACACUUUGAGUUUUUCCAUUCCAUUUCACUUAUUGCAAAGAAUGUAGUGAAUGUUUUUUCUAAGAGAUACAUUGAUUUAGUACAAUUUUUAUACAUGGUACAUGGCUUUGUUUACUUAUUGUGUUUCAUGAAGUUGUAAAUUGUAAAGAAGACUAGGUUUUGUAAGGAGAGAACUUGUAGGCCAAGAUGUUUUUCCUCUUUGGUCCUUUUCUUUUCUACUGUUGUAUAAAAGACCUCCUCUGAUCAAGGACAGUGAUAAUCACUAGCCAACAGAACUGGUCUUUCAACUGUAAAGGUCAUCCAUUUCCUGUUCCGUCUCAAAUUACUCUGUAAUGCUAUGUGUUCCUCAAGUAAAGGUACCAUAGAAAUCCCUGUUGUACUCUCCAUGU